UCUAGAUUGCGGUGGAGCAGGGAGGGAGGAAAGAAAGGAAAAAGUCCGACUGGAUCUCGCUUUCCUCUUAGACCAACAUCCAGACGCACCGCCAAAGGCGCAGCACAUUACGCACGUUUCCAGGUUGGAUGCCUGCUGUCUCCGCGGACUUGCCUUUGUGGAAAUGUAGUUGCGUUCCCGAGAAAAGCCCAUCUGCACAGGAUUCGCCUCUUACUACUUGAUGAGAGACGCGCGAGUCGCUGAGGCGCCGUUUCCUGUGUUCGCCAGCGCGCUGCAGCUGUGCCCAAGAAGCCCCCGCAGGGCUGAGCGACCACCCUCCUCCCCCCGCGUCACGCCGCCAGCCCGCACCAACAUGUGCGACCUGAUGCCAGCCUCCCAGCCCGCACAGAAGGUCGGCAAGAUGAAAAAGUUGAGGAGAACUUUGUCUGAGAGUUUCCGGAGCAUUGCUUUCAAGAAAGAGGACAGCGGCUUUGAUGAGAUAUGUGUCACAAAGAUGUCCACCCGAAGCUGCCAGGGAACAGACUCGGUCAUCAAGCCCCUGGACACCAUCCCUGAGGACAAGAAGGUCAGAGUUCAGCGCACGCAGAGUGGCUUCGACCCGUUCGAGAAGCCCGCCAGUCAGGUGAAGAGGGUCCACUCUGAGAACAAUGCCUGCAUCAAUGCCAAGAGUUCAUCAGCCGGCAAGGAGUCGCCCAAGCUGCGCAGACACUCCAGCCCUAGUUCUCCCACGAGCCCCAAGUUUGGAAAAGCCGACUCCUAUGAGAAGCUGGAGAAGCUGGGAGAGGGCUCGUAUGCUACGGUUUACAAAGGGAAGAGCAAGGUGAACGGAAAGCUCGUGGCUCUGAAGGUGAUCCGUCUGCAGGAGGAGGAAGGAACGCCCUUCACAGCCAUUAGAGAAGCGUCUCUUCUGAAAGGCCUGAAACACGCCAACAUCGUGCUCCUCCAUGACAUCAUCCACACCAAGGAAACCCUGACUCUGGUGUUUGAAUAUGUGCACACGGACCUGUGUCAGUACAUGGACAAACACCCUGGAGGCCUCCAUCCAGACAAUGUGAAGCUCUUCCUGUUCCAGUUACUGAGAGGCCUGUCCUACAUCCACCUGAGGUACAUUCUUCACCGUGACCUGAAGCCACAAAACCUGCUCAUCAGCGACACUGGAGAACUCAAACUAGCUGACUUUGGCCUGGCCAGGGCCAAGUCGGUCCCCAGCCACACCUACUCCAACGAGGUGGUGACCCUGUGGUACCGUCCUCCAGAUGUCCUCCUUGGAUCAACGGACUACUCCACCUGCCUGGACAUGUGGGGAGUUGGCUGCAUAUUUAUUGAGAUGAUUCAAGGAGUGGCCGCUUUUCCUGGUAUGAAGGACAUCCAAGACCAGCUGGAGAGGAUAUUCCUGGUCCUCGGCACUCCAUCUGAGGACUCCUGGCCUGGGGUGAACUCCUUGCCACAUUUCAAGCCAGACCGCUUUACAGUGUACAGCGCCAAGAAGCUGAGGCAAGCGUGGAAUAAGUUGGGCUACGUGGACCACGCGGAGGAGUUGGCCUCCAGGUUCCUCCAGUGCUUCCCAAAGAACCGGCUGUCAGCUCAGGCAGCGCUGAACCACGAGUACUUCAGCAACCUUCCUCCGCGGCUCUGGGAGCUGCAGGACAUGUCUUCUAUCUUCACCGUACCAAAUGUCAAGCUGCAGACGGAGAGCGGGGACAGCAUACAGGUGUGCACGCGCAAGAACAGCGGCAAGUCGUCGUGUGGCAGCAAACACUGACCUGAGGCGGCGCGACUGCCUGACAGGUGACUGUUUCCUAAAAAGAUGAAGGUCGAGACACGGACACGGAGGAUCCAGAGAAAUCAAAGAGCCCAAGUUCUCUUUAUUUAUUACUUUCACAAUAUGUAUGGGUGUGUGUGUAUGUGCGUGCAUGAUAAAGAGAGUGAUCACUGAGUCCACCUGAAUGCAUGUGUGCAUUAGGAACAGUACCUAAGGGUUCAGGCUAUCAUUUGAACAUUUUGUUUACUUUUUAUAAGGUUCUAAUAACUCAUAACAUUUGUCACCGUAUAAACAAAAGGACUUUAAUAUUGGUACAUAUUGCGUUUUGUGUUUGUAACUAGCCUCCUAUUUAGGAAUGUAUAUUUGUAUGUAUUAUAUCCUCAUCUAGAAACUAUAUAGCGGACAACUGUAAUAUAGCUUCAUCACUGCACUGCACAUAGAACGCAUAUAGGGGACAUGUGUGUGAGCAACAAUGCAUCUGUAAAACAAAAAGAAAACUAAGUCCUGAAGGAUUAGUUGUUUACAUCUUACUAACUGGGUUUAAUUUGUGGGACUAUUAUCAUCAUAAUAAUAAUAAGAGCGGGCUUUUAUAUGGUGUAACGCAUCAUCUGGCAGCCAUAUUGGAGGUCCUUGGGCAGAUGGUUAGUAUGAUGUCAAAUUAGCUAGGCAACCCUGCCUUUUAAAUCAAAGUCAGUAUAUCUGAUUCAAAUUGCAAAUUUAUUGGCCUUUUCUAAAUGAACACACCAAUAAUUGUCCACUACACUCUUACUGACCUUUCUUGCUUUUGCUGAUUUAGUGUUAUAAAAAACCCAUGUGUAGUAAAGAGACUAUACUGAAACUGGCUGAUAACUGAUAACGUGCAUGUAUCAAUAUAUUGACAACCACGUCUAUAACAACAAAUGGGUUUUGGAGGAAUGGAAGCCGAACUUCGUACAGCAGGUUAGACAGACCCAGCACAUGGUUAAGGUUGGGCAAAUACUGUGGUCUGGCUACAAAGAAAAUGAAGUCAUUUCAGGCAGUGUGUGUUUUUUUACUUGCACAAUCUUCCCCAAACCUUAACCAAAGUGGUCUGGUUGACUUCAACCACACAAAGGACUCUGGAGUCAAACCUGGUUCUGUAGUGUGUCAGUUGUAAAAGUUGUACAUUCACAAUAUCCUUGUAAUUGUUUUUGCAUAAUUAAAUAUGGCACUUAAUGUAUUGAAAAUAUUUGAUGCUGCGGGACAUAACCCACUGAUAAAAAAAGUAAGGCCUGUUUGAAAAAUAACAAUAGGACCUCCGACGUGGAUGCAGAUCAAGCUGUUUGAUGUUGCAAAUGAGAAGCCAGAUGCACAACAGGGACAGCAUCGCCCAACGUGCAUAAUAAUAAAGAUGCAAUACUGUAACCGACAAAAGCUGUACAUGUGUGUGCGCUGGUGUGUGUGAGACACUACGUAAAACGGCAAUAGCUAAGCGUUGGUGCUUCCAUCAUUUAUAAGAGCUAAAACAAAAGGCAAAACACCAAGGCAAUAGGCUGCGUGGCCUAUGGUUUGAUUUGGCCCACGACAAUCUGUUGAAUUUAGCCGAUGCUAUCAAAACAUCUGCAAUAUUUUACACAAAUGAUCUGCUCCAGCUGUUUGUUCAGUUCACUGGUCAAAUGUUCAAAUCUGAUACUUACUACUUUAGGCACGUGUGUGUUUGUGUGUGUCUUGUGUUGGUGGUGAAUAACUUUAAAUCAGUCCCUCCACCACAAACAUGUGCUCCAAGCAGAGGCUUCCCCCAGAUGUUACAUCCUCUAAGUUCUGAAGAAGGAGACCUGUACGGCACAGUAUCAUCUGCAAAGAUCUUUAUUCUGUUUUGUUUUCUUCUGCUCUGUUUAUGUAAAAAAUAUCUGAAUAUUUUACUUUAGACAUAAGGUGAUAAUUGUGAAGUACUAUCAAUGCAAUAGCUUCCUCUUUGUUAAUCAGUCUGAUAUUAACAUCAAUAAUAAUAUUGGCCCUGUACUGUUGACUAGUCAGAAGGUGAAGCUGCAGAUGUGUUACUGCAGAGAACUGAACAUUUGAACAAUUAUCACAUCCCUCCGAACCCUUUAAAACACCCACACAGUCUGAUAUUACCUAUUUCCUGCUAGGAUAAUCUUCCUGUACCUGUAGUUCCACCAGCCUCGGCACAGUACAACCCCGAAGCCCCUCCACGACCUUCAGCUGGAACUUGCUUUGCCGUCUGUCACAUUCAAAGCUUGGCUCUUACAUCUAGUCCAUCUAGAUACAGGCAAGUGCCACAUGGGACUUAAAAACAUCAGAUUCUGCAAGUUUAUAGUAUAAAACGAAAAUGACUGGCUUUGUGUUCAAAGGAUUUCAGCUCAAUUUGAAAAACUAGGUCUGUGGAUUUUUUUCUCCAAUUUUACAGACCCCAAAUAAUACACCAAAAAAAAUCCUCCAACAUGCGCAGCACAUGGAUGUUGGUAUAAGUCAAACAUCUACUGUAAAUGUGUAAACAUUUCAUUACAAUUGAAAUUGUAUUCAUUCAUUACAGUCAUUUACAGGUGGAGAAAGCAAACUUUGAAAUUGGAGUCGUAUCUUUGACGCUUGAUGAACUAUGUUCCAUUUGUUUAACUGCAGACUGACCCAAAAACGAAUAAACGUGAGGCAAAGUCUCCCCAUUUGUGUUUUAGAAAUGCACUUUAUUAAAGACAGAUCAGUUCUCCCUACAGUACAUUCCAGCCUUUUACAGUUGGUCACUUUUAUGCACUUGCUAAUAUAUAUAAAUAUAUAAACCAAUAUGCUUAUCCCCGCUUCGCCUGACACUGAGCAAACCAGCCCUUUCUCACAAAUGUAAAUAUCUCCCCAGUUUUGAACCUCUACCACAAAUGGAUGAGCGCCUCUGUAAAUGCAGCGCUGGACGUUAUCGCCCAGCUUCUUCAGUCUCACGCUGAGGCUGCGAUUGUGCACCGGGAAAGAAAGGACGGAAGGAGGGAGGAGGCAGAGGGUAAUGCCAGUAAAACGGCGUGACAGAAGAGGGUUAAUACCAUCGAGCGCGCUGAGAUUGCCCAGCCUUGUGUGGCUUUAAGGCAUCGCAGGCAGCAUUAGCAGCUGAAUAAUUAUUUUUGGUAUGUUUCUCCUUGUACAAUCGCUCACACUGCUUCAUUUCUAGCCCUGAAAACACUCUUAUUUCUAUGGAGCUUUGGCAGCUGUCUUGUAUAGAACUUAUAUUUUUGAAUCCUGUGUGGGCAGAGUUCCUGAAGGCACUCGCAACAAACUUGAAUGUUCUGCAUAUAUAUGAAAUAAAAUAAAAUCCAGUGAAAGAAGGACUUGGUGGAAUUGCACAUUAAGCACUGUGACAGGAAACAAAGUAGAAUAACAAUAGAAAUGGAAAGUGAUAAAGUGGUGAUACACCUUUAAUAAAGUGAAACGGUAAUGCUUCCAUUAUGUUUGUAUACAGGGUUGCAUAUGUCCCCAAAUGUUAUCACUGUAUGAAUAUACAUAUAUGGUGAAUAUAAUAUAAGGCAUUUAUUUUUGACAUUCUUUAUCAAGUGGUAUAAGUAGGAAAACAUACAGGUUGUAUCCAGCGUGUAUCCUUGCUGUGAGGAACAACUAAUCUGUGUUUCUUUUUUUUCUACAAAGCUUCUCUUGUGUUUUUUUUUUUUGUAUGCUGCACUGAAAAUAAAUCAUUUUUACGUGGUUUGGAAAAACAGAAGUGUCGCCGAACGCUUCACCAAGUGAAACAUAUAUAGUAUACAGUAGAUUAUCUGUUGCAUUAUUUGUUACGACCUGUAUGUAACGUUAUUAUGGAAGAUGUAAUGUCCUUCUGUAAAUGUUGUUAAUGUUGUUUUACCUGAAAUAAAAAUUUAUUAAUGCUUAA